GAUCGGCAGUUGCGCGGGCGAAUCCUCGUGUAGCCGGCCAUAUUGCAUUGAAUGAGUGCGUGAAAACAGGGGGCUAAGUAGCCAUAAACAAAUCUUCCAACAUCGUCUCGUUGCGAAGACAUAAUCCGUAAAUUCUGCAAUGGAGAAUUCUUACGGAAUCGGCGUCGCCAACAGGUACGCACUAUUUUUGGAUGAUGAAUCUGAUCCAUUAGAAACGCUCAACCUUAAAGAACAAGCAAAAGAAUCGAAAAAGAAGACCAAAGUCGCCGAGAAGGAAAACAAGGGGAAGGUCGAACCGGCCAAGGGAAAGCCGGUGACCAUCCAAAAAAAAACCAACAAAGAAAACACCAUUCAUAAAGUCCAGGAAAACAAACGCGAAGACGCUAAACCCAACCAUCAAAGGUCAAACGUUGACGGCAAACCGGAACGCAACUUCAACAAAUUCAAUAACGAAAACCGAGAGGAACGCAAUAACAGGAGAAACCGAGAAGAGAGGACUUUCAACGGACCCACCGAGAACCGAGAACGCGAGGAGAGGCCCCGACGAGAGAAUAACGGCGAAAACUUCGAGAAUCGUAAUCGCGAGCGUGGCGAACGCGGUGGUAGGGCAUUAGGUAACAAACCGGCGGGUCCUAGAGGCCCUAGACGGAAUUUCGACGACAGACGCGGCAAACGAGAAUUCGACAGGCAAAGCGGAUCGGAUAAGACCCAUGGUUACAGAGGAGUUAAACCAAUCGACAAACGUGAUGGAGCUGGUGCUCAUAACUGGGGAUCUCAUAAGGAUGUGAUUGAGGAAGCCGAUAAGCCGAAUGACGCUGAUCAAAGUUGGAGCGAAAACGACCGACCUGAAACGAAUGCCGCCCCCGAAACGAAGGAAGAAACGGAGAAUGAGACCCCCGUCGAGGAAGAGCCGAAAGAGUUGACUUUGGACGAAUGGAAGGCCCAACGCGCUGGUCGCGCCAAGCCGCAGUUUAAUAUUAGGAAGGCUGGAGAAGGAGUGGACCCGAGCCAGUGGAAGAAAAUGUACGAAUUACGAAAAAAAGAAAACGAAUCUGAAUCCGAAGACGAGGAAUACGACGCUGCCGAAUACCCCCAACGUGUUGGCCGACAGAAACAUGUCCUAGAUAUUGACAUCCAAUUUAACGAUACUAGACGUGGUGCCGGUCGUGGAAGAGGUCAAAGGUCUGGUCCGAGAGGAAAUCGUCCGACUCAACGUGGUGGCACUGGCACUGGAACUGGAACUGGCGCAGCCCCCGCUGGGGAAAGACCCGAACGGCGUUAUCGUGAUGAACAGGCUGAUGAAAGAACAGAGAACCGUCGAGCACCCAAAGUUGAUGACGAACGUGAUUUUCCUUCGCUCGGUUAAAAGUCACUGUCAAUUUUGUUUGUAAUUGACGCCGUUUCACACUACAAAAACUGUACAUUUAAUAAAACAUUUGAAAUACUUUGUUACAUUGGUACAAAUUGUUCAAUAUCCGGAAUUCUUUAGGUGGUUUUUGAUUCAUAAUUCAGUGAAAACUGUGAACCCAAGAGGGUGAUGGUUACUAGUCAGUGUUAAACUGCAUUGUUAACUUUUUUAUAUGAUUGUAUUUGGCUGCUCACACUUGUCCUCUUAAUAUUGUGUAGUAACUUAAUAAACAGUACCAGUCAAUUGGUAUUUCAUUAAUUGAUUUUCAGAUAGCUUUUCAUCAGUUGUAUAAGACUAAGCGGUUUACGUAUGCUAUUUGUAAGGAAAAAUUCACGUGUUUGCUACAUGUUUAACUGAAUGUCCAAAACACUUGAAUUUUCUUUCAUCGUUUGUAAAUUAUUGUUUUUAAAUGACUGACGUUUGCGAUAUAGAAUACACCAGGGUUCUUAAAAGUACUUCAAAAAGGUUUUUUUUAAGAGUGGUAGGUUUUUUUAAUUGUAGCGUUAAUUUUCAAUACUGGUGUUCCUUAAUAUUAGCUGUAAAUAUUGAGAUACAUGACCAUACGAUAAGUGUUUGUAAAAUUGGUCGAUCGAGAGGGUAUGCAUAUGUACAUUUCAGUAACGUCUUAUUUUUAAAACACUAUUUUUUACUUGAACCAUUUUAGUGAUUAUUGUUAACACAGGAUAAGGUUGUGUUUGCCGGCAAAAUCUUAUCUCUUGGUGCUAAAGGCUUACAUCAUACCCUUUUUUAGUAAGUGGCUUAAUGCAUUGUUUUUAUGUGAAGUAUAAUUAUUGUUUUAAUAUAUUAUUUCAUUUGUCAACAACUGACCAUUAGUGUAUGCGUAUUAAUUGAUUUUGUUGAGUUUUUCUAGGUUAUUUAAUUAGUCAAAUUAUCUAACAUAAUUUGCAUUUUUUUGGUUUUGCGUAACAAUAGUUCAUGCUUCAUUUCAAAAACAUUAAAAUAAGUUUGUUGCUAUUUUUGCAUUGUAAAGAAGUGACCCUUUAAGUUCUGUUAGUUUAUAACAUUUUUUCUUUUCAAUAUAAAUUUGUAAAAAUUGUAGUUGAGUCUCAAUUGAUUGAAUCGUGGUUCAAAGACUUUGCAUGGGAUAUCACAGAGUACUGAAUACAGCGAUUAUUAAAUUUGCACUAAAAUAGCGACUGUAUCAUACAGAUUAAAUACAAUCAGUGGUUUAUAUAUAGAAAUGCUAAUAAAACUGUGUUUUAUUGAA